UUGGUGCAUGCCAUGGGCGAUGAUGCUUGGGAGGAUGGAGCCGCAACGUUUUAUGGUGACAUGAGCGGAGGAGAAACCAUGCAGGGGGCUUGUGGAUAUGGUGAUCUCUUCCAACAAGGCUAUGGCCUCGAGACAGCAGCUCUAAGCACAGCACUGUUUAACAAUGGACUAACUUGUGGUGCUUGUUUUGAGAUCAUGUGUGUCAAUGAUCCACAAUGGUGCAUACCAAAUGCUGGUACCAUCAAAAUCACUGCGACAAACUUUUGUCCACCAAAUUAUGAUCCACAUUUUUAUCCCUGGUGCAACCCCCCAAGAAAACACUUUGACUUGGCCAUGCCCAUGUUCGUAAAAAUUGCUAUCACCAAAGCUGGGAUAAUUCCAGUAAAGUUUCGUAGAGUCCCUUGUGCUAAGACAGGAGGGGUUAGGUUUGAGCUUAAAGGAAACCCCUACUGGAUUACUGCAACCAUCUUGAAUGUUGGUGGUGCCGGUGAUGUUACGGCCGUGAAGAUUAAAGGGUCUAAUUCCGAUUGGCUUCAAAUGCAACGCAACUGGGGACAAGUGUGGCAGAUCGGAGUUAACUUAGUCGGACAAGGCUUAUCGUUUCAAGUCACUACUAGUGAUGGGAAGACGAUUGAGCUUGAUAAUAUUGCACCAGGAAAUUGGCAAUUUGGUCAAACCUAUGAAGGGAAAAGCAAUUUUUAG